GUACAGAUGCUGUGGUGCUGUUGUAGGCGUAGCUCAUUAGCAGUCAUCUUUGGGACUGUAAUUUGGCUGUGUUUUUUCCCCUUCACUUGUAUGUAGUUUUGUGGGAGGUUCGUGUUCGGAUUCACGGCUCGAUCAGUCUACCAGGUUGAGCUGUUGUGAUGGCCGAUCACACUGAUGUCAGCCUGCAGCCGGAGGAGCGAGUCCGCGCCCUGACGAAGAAGGGCAGCUCGGUGGAGGUUAACGACGACGUGCCCCCGCGCCGCUACUUCCGCUCAGGCAUGGAGAUGAUCCGCAUGGCUAACAUCUACACGGAGGAGGGCAACAUCGAGCACGCCUUCGUGCUUUACAAUAAAUACAUUACGCUCUUUAUAGAAAAACUUCCCAAGCAUCGGGAUUACAAGACCGCCAACAUUCCUGAGAAGAAGGACACACUAAAGAAACUGAAGGACGUUGCAUUUCCUCAAGCAGAGAUUCUCAAAAAGGCCCUAUUGAAAAGAUUUGAACAGGAAUAUGCUCAAUAUGUUGUCAAAAAGAAAGAGGAGGAGGAGGCCUUUGCACGGGAGCAGUCCAAGCAGCGAGCGCUGGAUGCAGAGCGGGAACGCGUGGCUGAGAUGCAACGGCGACAGCGGGAGCAGGAGCAGUUCAGUGCCUUUGAGGAGAUGAUCCGUCGUCAGGAGCUGGAGAAGGAACGCCAGCGAGUGCUUCUGGAGUUCGCCACUCCGGCUGAGCCUUCUCUCGACACACCGCUCAUUCCGGGCAUCCAGGGCCCACCGUUAGUCUCCCCAACCUUUCCUCAAAACCCAGGAGAACUGUCCAAUCACCAGUAUAACCACCCUCCCGCAUCUAUCGGCACACCCACGACCGGGCCGCCCAGCUUCGACCGCUCACUCAAGCCCGGGUCUCUGGUCAGCCCAGGGAACAACAAUACAAUGGUGGAUGCCCUUCGGCAGUUGGCUGUUCCUGCUGAGCUGUGCCGGAGCUUUCUGAGGUUGGCUGAGGCCAACACAAGCAGAGCUGUAGAAACUUGUGGCAUCCUAUGUGGCAAACUGACCAGAAAUGCGUUUACUGUGACCCACGUCAUCGUACCAAAGCAGUGCGGCGGUCCGGACUACUGUGACACAGAAAACGAGGAGGAGCUCUUCCUCAUACAGGACCAGUAUGAUCUCAUCACCCUCGGUUGGAUACAUACUCACCCCACACAGACGGCCUUCCUGUCCAGUGUCGACCUUCACACACACUGCUCCUACCAGAUCAUGUUACCAGAGGCCAUCGCUAUCGUCUGCUCGCCUAAAUUCAAUGAAAUUGGCUACUUCAGGUUGACAGAUCGGGGAACAGAUGAGAUUUCCACAUGUAAACAGAAAGGUUUUCACCCUCACAGCAAAGAGCCGCCUCUAUUUACACAUGCGGGACAUGUCACCAUCACUGAUGGCACGGUGUCCAUGAUGGAUUUGCGGUGAUCUUUUUUUUUUUUUUUUUUUUUCCCUUUUUCACCAAAACACUCUAAGACUGUUUUAUCAAGCUGAAAAAAAAACACUCAUUUUUAUUUUCAGGGUGGUUCUGUGCAAAUACAGACCACAGUUUUCCCAUCGUUAUGGACCUCAGUUGUUCUCCAAGGGAGCAACCCUGCAAACCUUUUUUUUUUUUUUUUUCCUCUGCCCUGUUAAGAAGAUAAUCCACAUAUUGCACUUUCCAAACAAGCAGCUGCGAUCCACCUAAAGGACUGGCUCUCGGGCCCCUGUGUUUCUGUCAGUGUGUGGUGUACUUCUUUCCUUUUAUCAUGGAAAAAAAAAAAAACUACAUUCAUCAGUGACAGAGAUGCGCCUGGUAACCCAACCCUUUCUUUCACCUUCCCUGUCAUCAGAUUUUGGUUCUGCCUGAAGGAUAAAGUGCCAAGGACGAGAACACGCACGCGUUGAUGAGGUUUUCAUUGUGCAGCACGAAGUCCAGCGUGAACUUUGUAAUUUAAUCUCUGUUCGUUCAAAGUGUUGCGAGUGAUGAGAGAAGUGAAAGCCAGUUGUAACUCAGGUAUGCAGGCAGUGCUGCUGUAGCUGCUCUGUGUUCUAUUUUUUAUAUCCCAUCACUCCGGACGAUCCUCUGCCUUUAAAGGUUUCUGUCUGAAGUUUAAUUCCUGCUUAUAAUCCGUUCAGCUUUUUUAAAAUGUUCUUAUUCCUUCUGGAGUGAGGGGUCGGCAGAUCGUUAUAAUGUGUCCGUGCUUUAGAGGACACGUGUGCAGUCUGAAUGUACCUGAAUGCUCCACAUUACCACACAUUACUAACCACCGGGCCGUGGAUCGUGACUCUGUAACCAGUUUUGUUUGCUCCCUUCUCUUGUUAGAAGAAGUCAGUGAUUACCCAUGAUUAUGAAUUAAUUGCCAAGAAAAGAAUAAACAAUGUAGAUGAA